AUGUACAAGCGUAACACCAUUAACCCUCAUUGGUCCCUAUCUAAUGGGCAUGAGUGGACACUGAACGUGGAUGCUAGUGUCAAGCCUUCAUCUCAUAAAGCUGGUUAUGGCGGCAUCCUUAGAAAAGCUUAUGGUGGAUGGAUGAGAGGUUUUAUUGGAAAAUCUAGCCACGGAGACGCUACUCCUGUGGAAGCCGAAGCCAUUUCCAAAGGUCUCACCUGGGCUUCGAGAAACGGAAUAAUAGAUAUUGAAAUCCAGUCGGAUGCUGAGCGAGUCAUUAACUGGGUCUUGGGUGAUUUUGAGUUGAGAGACCCCAUAUGUGAACACGUUGAGAACAUUCGUAAAUGGUUGAAGGAAAGCUGGAAGACCUUAGCUCGCAGGAACAGUGAAACAAAGAGCAGUAUGAAGAAGAUAAAGAAAAGUGAGAAGAACAAUUUUAUUGCCUUGCUAUGUCUCUCACUUCUGUACAUGAAUACAAUAAUAUAUAGAGUACAAAUGUAA